AUGGAGAAUAUUUCCUUUGAAGUGCCAUGUGUGCCGACAGAGAUAGACCUCGAAAAUUGUGACAUAAGAAAAUUCGCCGAAGAGAUUUUGGCGAAAAAAUUCGACACAGACUCGAGCGAAGAGGAUGAAAUCAGCCCGACUCAUUCGCCGAAACGAGCGAGGUGCUGGAACGACUCGGGUGUCGAACUUGCAGAGAGCGAUAACUCCGCACGUCAAAUCAGCAAAAGCAAGUCGCGAAUUCUCGCCAAGCUCGCCGCCGAUCCAAUUCAUCAUAACACCAAUCGUUUUCCCAGUCAUGAUUCUUACGAUAGCGAGGAUAGUGAGCAAAAUGAUGUAACCCUAAGAUCAGUGCAUAACAGAUACAAUGGUGGAAACAAAACUUGGUACAAGGCGUCUAGUGGCUGUUUACGCCGUCAAUACGAAGAGAUUCGAACCGCAAAGCCAGCUGGUUGUUUCGCCUUCUCCCGGGCGCGGCCAAAUCAAGUGCGGAAUCGCUACUCCGAUGUCCCCUGCUACGAUCACACUCGCGUCAGACUGGAAGACACUCGACUUUCUGACGAAAAUGACUAUAUAAAUGCUAGUCACUGUGACGGCUUUGAAAUGAAGAAAAAGUACAUCUGCACUCAAGGCCCAAAAGAAAACACGAUGGCGCACUUUUGGCAAAUGGUUUGGGAGUCGAACUCGAGGGUGAUUGUCAUGACCACGAAGCUCUUUGAAAACGACAAGAAAAAGUGCGAUUUGUACUGGCCGCUCGAGGGUGAGCGGAAGAUUGCCGGGCACUUCGUGCUUUACAAUCAAGACGAAACGGUGGAAGAAGAGCAUUUUACGAGGACAACCAUCCAGAUUGAAUUCGAGUGCCAGACCAGGACAAUUUAUCACUUUGCCUUCAAAAAGUGGCCCGAUUUCGAUGUGCCCGAAUGCCCGGAAAUGCUCCUCGACUUCCAGGACCAAGUAAACGAGUGCCACGCUAGAAUCAGAAGCCAGCUGAUUUCGCCCUACGGCCCGCCAACUCCUCCCGACGAAGACGCCUUCGAAAUAUCCCCUAUUGUUGUACACUGCAGCGCUGGAAUUGGCAGAACUGGAACAUAUUUGGGAAUUGAUAUCUGCCGAGCCUGGCUCGAUGUUGACGUAGAAAUCGACUUGUACGCGACUAUUAGAAGGAUACGAGAGCAGCGCGCGUUCUCCGUCCAGACUCACGCUCAAUACCAGUUCUGCCUUAUCGCCCUACGCGAAAUUCUCCGCCGCAAAGUCGUCGCUCUUGAAGCCACUCAAGAAGCUGAAAUGCAAGAUUCUGACGAAGAGGAGUAA